UCUUGCUGUGCCGGUGAGACAGCUGUCACUGCGUCUGCCGAGGUCAAGGGGAAAGAAGUAUGGCAGCGUUGUUUAGAGGGUGUCAAAAUGCUCUGCUAAAGUGGAAUAAUCAUGUUAGCCCUACCUGUGUGUUCAUGCGGUCCAUGGCCUCAAAAACACCUGUUGGGUUUAUUGGUGUGGGAAACAUGGGCAGCCCCAUGGCCAAAAACCUGCUGAAAAAUGGGUACCCCAUAAUCGCCACUGAUGUCUUUCCUGAGCCCUGCAAGGAGCUGCAAGAUCUGGGAGCCCAGGUAGUAGACUCUCCAGCAGAAGUAGCUGAGAAAGCAGACCGCAUCAUCACAAUGCUGCCCUCCAGUCCCAACGUAAUAGAGGUCUACACGGGCCCCAAUGGCAUCCUCAAGAAGGUAAAGAAGGGAACCCUUUUGAUCGACUCCUCCACUAUUGACCCUGCCGUCUCAAAGGAGAUGGCUGUCGCCGCAGAGAAGAUGGGAGCCGUGUUCAUGGAUGCGCCCGUGUCAGGAGGUGUCGGGGCUGCCAGCAUGGCCAAGCUGACCUUCAUGGUGGGUGGAGUGGAGGAGGAGUACAACGCUGCCCAAGAGCUGCUCACCUGCAUGGGGGCCAAUGUUGUCUACUGUGGACAAGUUGGUACCGGACAGGCAGCAAAGAUCUGCAACAACAUGCUUCUGGCUAUUGGGAUGAUUGGAACCGCAGAGACUAUGAACCUCGGCAUCAGACUGGGUUUGGAUCCCAAGCUACUGGCAAAGAUCCUCAACAUGUCCUCAGGCCGCUGCUGGUCCAGUGACACGUACAAUCCCGUCCCUGGCGUCAUGGAGGGAGUCCCCUCGGCCAACAACUACCAGGGAGGCUUUGGAACAACGCUUAUGGCCAAGGAUCUCGGUUUGGCCCAAAACACGGCCACCAACACCAAGACGCCCGUCCCUCUUGGUUCCCUCGCCCACCAGAUCUUCAGAGUCAUGUGCUCCCGCGGCUACGCUAACAAGGACUUCUCAUCCGUCUUCCAGUUCCUGCGCGAGGAGGAAGGACAGUGAGCAGAGGAGGACCCGGUUGUCCAUGUAACACACACGCACCACGAACACACACGCCAGGGCCCCUCGUCCCUCAAUGCUCAGGAGAGACUGCACUCUUGCCCUUAGGCAGAGCGACAGUCCAAUUAGAUACAACAUACGCUCAUUGCAUUAGUGCAGUUCUUCACUUCAUGGCAGUCAAUGGAAAUGCGAAAGCUGGCCUCAGAUCAGUUUCUUAAGACAGUUCCAUUCUGUGGUAACCUUCAGGCAUGUUACCAUACUUUUCAUCAUAAUUCAUGUUUCAUAUUAUUAUUUUUGUGGUUUUCCUGUUUCCAAAUGACAUGACAAGGGACAUUGGUGAAGCAUUUUCACUCCUUUAACCUGCCUCAAAGUUUACUUGUUUCCUUCUACAACUUAAGUCUUCCAGACAUUUUUUGUUUUCAUAUACUUUUUAUUUUUCAAUCCAUUUCCCUUCACUUACAUUACACGGUGAAUGGACCUGUCCUCUUUGUGAAAUACUGUGAGAUUUAGCUGGUUAGCUUAGCACUGUGUGCACGCUGUGCAAUGUUCAGGGGAAUUUGACGUUAAACAAUCUACUUGAAUUUACUGUACCUUUUUUGCCACUGAAGUAUUAUUCUGUGACCGACACUGUUUCAGUUGUUCACUGCGAAAUACUGUCAAACUAUGCCUACUUCCUCUCUGGUGUUAGUUUUCCCUUUAAUUCAAAGUGUAAGGAAUAGCUAUUUAGUCCUACAAGUACCUCCUUUAAAGCAAAUGUACAUAAUAUAUAUUUUAUUUUCUCGUUGAAAGACGCUGAAGACGGUGACCUUUUCUUGUCAAAAUAAUUGUCUACAGUUUGUAUUUUCCCUGUGAUACAGAUCCUCGACACUUGGACCUAAAAUGUACAUUAAAACAUGUUCUGUGUA